AUGGAGGAAAUUGCGCCAGGAACUUAUCAAAGUCAAGAAACCGAUGAAAAUUCCACCAUCAAUGUCACGAUCCCGGCCAAUUUCACCAAGAUGUUCACCAGUGCAACAUCCGGCUUGGGAGACACCAGAUCUGGGAUGUUUGACAUCCAGUACCGGCGCUGGAAGUUUGAUCAAAACGCGAUCAUCAACAAAGGCAAGCCAUACGUGAACGCCAGUUCCCGUAAUAUAAGCAGCAUGAUCUCUCAGAAUAGUAUUCUGCUAGUGGAAGGAGUUGUUGUUGACACGAGAAAGAAUCCCGGCAUUGGCUUCAGAAACCACACUAUCCCAGUGGCGCUGGAGCGCGGCGGGAUCUGGACAGAAGAUCUGACGUGGAUCGAACCAGUGUCCGCACAUAACUGUGCGGACACGAACCUCUCCGUCUUGAUCAUCAACAGCAACACCUUGGAAGACUGGGGUGUCAACACUACACUCUGGGUCCUUGAUGGAGGAGCCUUCCUUGAUAUCGAUGUUGCCGCGCUGGAAUCUCACCCUUGGACCGACAACCAGACUCGCGACCUCUUUGGCCGAGCCCACAAGGCAGCUCGGAUGCACAACGUCAUAGUCGCCUCGAGUCUCAGCAUUUCCUUGCCUACCGAAAAGAAAUUCGGUAAGAUCUACAUGGACGAUACAGGGAGUGCAGACGCGUACAUGUGGAGCAUUUCCAAGGCUGACGCCAUCCUGCGAGUUCCAUUCGUGAACCACUAUCCCGACGGCUACAAAAAACUCCUCGCACUCAAUUACUCGACGAUAACCCAAGUCUGUAAAGGCUACUACGAGAUCGAGGACGCCUCCAACGACCAGCGUGCCAACAACAUAACCUACCCGCUGGUAAACUGCGGCUUCCUCCUCGGUGCGCCCAUCCAGGCCGCUUCCCAAAACCUCUCCGCCGCGACCUUCAUAGGCGUCGAAGUCAACCAGAAGAACCUGUAUGUAUGCGCCUCCGCCAACCGUGCCAGCAUCAAGACCGUCAUGUUCCGCCACAACAGCGGCCGCUUGAGCAACCUCGAAGUCCGCGACAUCGUGGACAAAGAGUACCCGACCGAGAAGUCCAAGCCUCUCUGGGCCUCGGAGCACAGCUACGACAAGGCCAUGCGGUUCGAUCCAUUGUGGGGCAUCGUCUCCGACGACUACGAGCACUACGGCUACGAAGAGGGAUUUUACACGAUGCGCUCCGAAAAGCUAUGGCCGCCUGUCACCCCGUUCGUGGACAGCAGCUCGCGCGCCGUCGAUGGCAGUGACGCCCUUGCCGCGGUGUCAGGCUUCACAGGCCGGCUGGGCAACCUGUACGGGGGACUCAUUGAUCUCGAAGGGCCGGACUGUAGCGGGCUGAACGACAUCCCCAUGCUCGAAAGGUUUCGGGAGUUGUCCCGCAAGCAGGAGGAUGCGGGCUCGAUUCUCGGCUUGAUCAUGACGGAUGGACUGGCUGCGGGAUUUGUUGGUACGAAGACAGCCAUCUCACAGAAGUAUGUUCAGUGGCCAGCGAGUUUGGCGGUGGACGAUACGGCUGAGGGUAUGCCUGCGGCGAGCGUGGCUGUAUACAGCCGCGUUAUCAAGUAUGAUCUACGCCAUGCGAUCCCCGUGUUCAUCGUGCUCACGACUCUCCUCCUCGCACUGCUGUGGGCGGGCUUCAUCUUGAUCUCAACGCGAUCGAUCCUCUCCAGGCUCAGCAACUUAUACAACCAGACGAACACUGGCCGUCUAGCCACAAAUCUGCUGGGUUUGGGUAAGCACGACCCCACGCAGGACACGAAAGAUUGGGUCGCGGGUGACGGAAAGAUCAGGUUGAGAUCUGGAGAACUAGAGAAGCCUGGUCAAAGGUGUUUCCUUACUCAAGCUGGAAAGAUUGGAGGAGAGGAUGCGCUGGCGGGGGAAAGCCCGAAGAGUAGUGAGAGUCCGCCUGUGGAUGGUAGGGAGGAGGUUACUGUGACUACGAAAUGA